AUGAUUGCAGCCCAGCUACUAGCCUAUUACUUCACUGAACUCAAGGAUGACCAGGUUAAAAAGAUCGAUAAGUACUUGUACUCCAUGCGUUUCUCUGAUGAGACGUUACUGGACAUCAUGCAGCAAUUUCGGAGGGAGUUGACCAAAGGACUGGGACGGGACACUAACCCCACUGCUGCCCUGAAGAUGCUCCCAACGUUUGUGCGCUCUAUCCCUGAUGGAUCAGAGAAGGGCGACUUCAUUGCGUUGGAUUUAGGAGGCAGUAACUUCAGGAUCCUCCGUGUCAAAGUCAGCCAUGAGAAGAAACAGACCGUUCAAAUGGAGAGUAAAAUCUAUGACACACCAGAGGACAUCAUUCAUGGCAGUGGAACAAGACUGUUCGACCAUGUGGCAGAGUGUCUCGGUGACUUUAUGGAAAAACAAAACAUCAAAGACAAGAAACUUCCAGUGGGAUUUACCUUCUCCUUCCCCUGCCAGCAGACCAAACUAGAUGAGGCCACUCUACUAACAUGGACAAAGCGCUUCAAGGCCAGUGGAGUGGAGGGCAUGGACGUUGUCAAGCUGCUCAACAAAGCUAUUAAGAAACGAGGAGACUAUGAUGCUGACAUCAUGGCAGUAGUGAAUGAUACUGUGGGAACAAUGAUGACCUGUGGUUUUGAUGACCAGCGCUGUGAAGUUGGCAUUAUCAUCGGUACUGGUACCAAUGCAUGCUACAUGGAGGAGCUGCGUAACAUUGACUUGGUGGAAGGAGACGAGGGCAGGAUGUGUGUGAACACUGAAUGGGGAGCCUUCGGAGACGAUGGCAGACUGGAAGACAUCAGGACAGAGUUUGACAGAGAGAUAGACCGAGGCUCUAUCAACCCCGGCAAGCAGCUAUUUGAGAAGAUGGUCAGCGGUAUGUACAUGGGGGAGCUGGUUCGUCUCAUUCUCGUGAAGAUGGCCAGAGAGGGUCUGCUGUUCGAGGGGAGGAUUACCCCUGAACUGCUCACUAAGGGGAAGUUUGAGACCAAACACAUCUCAGCCAUAGAAAAGAGUAAGGAGGGGUUGUCCAAGGCCAGAGAGAUUUUAACCAGACUUGGUGUGGAGCCCUCGACUGACGACUGCAUCGCUGUGCAGCAUGUUUGCACCAUUGUGUCUUUCCGCUCUGCCAACCUGAUUGCUGCUGUGCUGGCAGGCAUCCUGUUGAGGCUAAAGGAGAACAAGGGCGUGGCCCGACUCCGAACCACUGUAGGCAUCGACGGAUCUCUAUACAAGAUGCACCCACAAUAUGCCCGUCGUCUUCAUAAGACAGUCCGUCGUUUGGUCCCGGACUCUGAUGUCCGGUUCCUCCUAUCAGAGAGCGGCAGUGGAAAAGGAGCAGCCAUGGUGACAGCUGUGGCCUACCGACUCGCUGAACAAUCACGACUUAUUGCCCAAACACUGUCUGAAUUCCGCCUGUCGACCGAACAGCUGCUGGAGGUGAAGAAGCGAAUGAGGACAGAGAUCGAAACUGGCCUUUCAAAGAGCACUCAGGACUCUGCCACUGUCAAAAUGCUGCCAACCUUUGUGCAAAGCACGCCUGAUGGCACAGAGCAUGGUGACUUCCUGGCUUUGGAUUUAGGUGGAACCAACUUCAGAGUUCUGUUGGUCAAGAUUCGUUCUGGAAAGAGGAGAACAGUCGAGAUGCACAACAAGAUCUACGCUAUUCCUCUGGAAGUGAUGCAGGGCACAGGAGAGGAGUUGUUCGAUCACAUUGUGCAGUGCAUCAGUGACUUCCUCGACUACAUGGGGAUGAAGAACGCUCGUCUACCUCUGGGCUUCACCUUCUCAUUCCCCUGCCAACAGACCAGCCUGGACGCUGGAAUCCUUGUGACAUGGACCAAAGGCUUCAAGGCAACAGACUGUGAAGGAGAAAAUGUGGUGGGAUUGUUGAGGGAAGCCAUUAAGAGGAGAGAGGAAUUUGACCUGGAUGUCGUGGCCAUAGUGAACGAUACAGUGGGAACCAUGAUGACCUGCGCCUAUGAAGAACCCACCUGUGAGAUUGGACUCAUCGCUGGCACUGGCAGUAAUGCGUGUUACAUGGAGGAGAUGAGGAACGUUGAGAUGAUAGAGGGAGACGAGGGGCGGAUGUGUGUCAACAUGGAGUGGGGUGCUUUUGGAGACAAUGGAUGCCUCGACGACAUUAGAACAGAGUACGACCGCGCUGUGGAUGACUUCUCCCUCAAUCCGGGCAAACAAAGAUAUGAGAAAAUGUGCAGCGGCAUGUAUCUUGGUGAAAUUGUGCGGAACAUCCUGAUAGAUAUGACCAAGAGAGGAUUCCUGUUCAGAGGACAGAUUUCUGAAACACUGAAGACCAGAGGCAUCUUUGAAACAAAGUUCCUCUCACAGAUAGAGAGUGACAGACUGGCUUUGCUGCAGGUGAGAUCCAUCCUGCAACACUUAGGUUUGGACAGCACCUGUGAUGACAGUAUCAUAGUCAAAGAGGUAUGUGAAGCAGUGUCACGUCGUGCAGCUCAGCUGUGUGGGGCAGGAAUGGCGGCCGUGGUUGAUAAGAUUAGAGAGAACCGAGGACUGAACAAUUUGGACAUCACUGUAGGGGUAGACGGGACGCUCUACAAACUACAUCCACAUUUCUCCGGGAUCAUGCACCAGACAGUUAAUGAACUGGCCCCUAAGUGUAACGUCACCUUCCUCUUGUCAGAGGACGGCAGCGGGAAAGGAGCUGCACUCAUCACGGCCGUUGGCUGCCGGCUGAGACAGGAGCUGAACAAUAAAUAGAAAGUAUCACUUUUAUUUUCCCCACUUUUCUAGGUUCUCCCUCUCUCCUCUCCUCCAUUCUGUUCUUUCCCCAUGUCUCCUUUCUUCUUAAAUCAAACCAAUCCAGUCAACGUGUCACGCUGCUGUAGCUGCUUUAGUACCGUCUACAUGACUGUGAGAGAGAGGAGAUAGCGUUCUCUGCUUUGUCAGACACUGUGUUGUAGUUAGAUAAUGUUUCCAUUAACCAUUGUAACAAUACCCAGACUCUUAAGGGAUUUUCAGUUUUGUGAUUUCCGAGGUUAAACUUAUCACAGAGAUAAAACAUGCACAAUCAACUCCUGUAAAAAUGUGCAGAGAAGAAAAGAGCCAGCACGCUCCUGUUAUGCUCCCAUGAGUGGCUUAUCAUUGCCAUCUAGAGGAGUCCUCUGAUAAUUGCAGUUUGUUACAAUAUGCCAAAAGUCAUUCAGCUUUGCAGAAAAAUGUUUAUCCUUGCAAUAUAGUCAGCAUAGAUGCAGGGACAUGAAAACACUGUUUCAAGACCAAAGUCACCAAAGUGUGUCUGCUGUAGGCUACGUACAACAAAACAAAAGGGAUAUGAAGUGAUAUAUAAAUGUGUAAUGAAUGGGAAUAUUUUUGCUUUAAAGUUUUUAAUGUCUUACCCAGAUAUAAUACAAUAUGUUAUACAUACAUUGUAACUAUUUAUUUUAUUUUUAUAUCUGGAGAUGUUGAAAAAUGUUACUGUUGCAAUAACAAGGCACACAUCAAGUCCCCUCAGCCGGUAUCUGUCCUGUAGUACAGGAUUUAAUAAACAACAUCAUGGCUGAGGCGUGACAGAAAAGAGACUUCUACCACGCUUAAUCUGCAGAAAAAAACAUGCUUUCUGAAUGACCAGAUUUGGUCUAAUUUAUGACAACAAUCCUACUCCACUAUAAUGUACUCUACUGUAAAAUAUGUCCAAAGAGCACUUGUAUUUUACUAAGUAGAAAUCCUGUUGUAGCAGCUGUUGAUAAGUUGUUUCUGUCUUAAAAAGUGCUGGCUACCAUUAAUUAUCACAGUGUGACUUACCAGUUACUGAACAGCAGCCAUCAAACAGGAAUGUGGUGCUAAAUUGGAUGCUAGUGGAACAAAAACGGCUAAGCUGUGGAUAAGAAGGAAGGAAUUUAAACAUUUUGGAAAUAAAGCUUAUCCCUGUACUCCAAAUGCUCCUAAAAGCUCAGGAGGGUGUAUGUUAAGUGGACUACUGUAUGGCUCAUUCAAGUAAUACAAUUUGUGCAAAGUCAUAAAUAUUUAUUUUUCUCUUAAAUCAAAUCAAAUAAUAAUAUUAUUGCUAUUAAUGAUACUCGUUGAAAGACUGGUGGAUUUGUUCACUGGCAUUUUUUCAUUGUGAAGGCUUUUUAAAUCCUGUAAAAAGGCAAAUGUUUUUAAAAUCCGGGUCAGAUGGCAGUUGUUCAUCUUUCUGUUAGCACAAACCGCACUUAAAGUUAAACUGCCAGGAUAAAGGGGGUCAGCCUCUUCUGCAGGUUUUAGACUAUCCUAGAUUUUACCAGAAGAAGUCGAUCUCAAAGCCAGCUCCACACAGACACGUUAAUCUCUUUGCUUUUGUUCACAAAACCCAAACUGUAUCUGUCCAACAUUGUGAAUCAAUCAGUCACUAAAUAAAAAAAAACUUGUGUCAAUCUGA